AUGAUAAAGUCUCAUAACAUAUCGAUAUCAUCCGCAAUAUGUCGAAUAUGUCGUAGCGGAGAACAGUCAAUUGCGCAUGCUGAAUCAACCAUUGGUGAACCGCUAAUAUCGCCGUAGUGUCGCAGUUUGGUUACUGAUAUUAUUUGUUUUGUGUUCUUUACACCGAUCGUUAUCGGUUGUACCACAUUUUGUCUCUCAUCGGUAGCGCAAAUAAGAAGCUUGCAAAUGUGGAAUAAUGUGGCAGCAUGUCAAGAAGUAUUAAUGGUGGAUCAAGAAUCAACAUGUAAUUCAUGGAAAACUGUUAAUAAAGUAAGAAGACAAGGAUGGGAGGGAGAGGCUUCGAACUUACGCGGUCAAUUUCGACAGAUGCGUUUGUUGUGCUUCGAUUUGCGUUCCUUUUUACACGGUUUAUGCAGAAAGAAUUUCGGUCUUUCAUCUGCACAUAAUGCAAAUUCAGAUAAUUUUGUGGCACGGGAAAGACGUACAAGUAUUAUUUCAAGUAAUGCGUUAAAUAUGAAUUAUGAUGAUUUUGUACGCCAUCUUCAACCGGAAGUUGGUGCGAUUUCUGCGAUUGGUUCUUGCCAACAUACAAUGUCUUCAACACCUGUACCUAAUGAAGAAGGAUUCGUAUUUGAAUAUCCUUCUGUGAAUUCGCACCUCUCCAGAUCUAAUAUUGUAGCAUAA